AUGCCUGUGUUGGUGAGGAAACUAACUGAUGGCACUGAGCUCAGAGGAAGGGUUGUGGAAACCGAAGCAUAUUUGGGUGGGGAGGACAAAGCGUCCCACUCAGCAGGAGGAAAACACACGGAGAGAAACACUGCCAUGUUCAUGAAGCCUGGGAUCAUCUACGUCUAUCCCGUCUACUGCAUCUACCUCUGCAUGAACAUCUCCAGCCAAGGGGAGGGGGCGGCGGUGCUUUUGCGCUUGCUGGAGCCUCUGAGUGGUCAGGACGUCAUGAGGGGCCUGCGAGUAGCCAAACGCAAGGCGGGAGCCAAAAUCCUUAAGGAAAAAGAGCUCUGCAAUGGCCUGUCCAAGCUGUGCCAAGCACUAGAUAUACAGCGCUGCUUCGACCGCAGGGAUCUGGCCACUGAUACUGAGGUGUCGCUUGAGAGGGACCCAGAACGAGAGACUGUUUGCGCUGGAGAGGUGGUGUCAGCGCCCCGCAUAGGAGUCGAGUCUCAUGGCGAAUGGGCAACCAAACCGCUUUGCUUCUACUUGAGAGGACACCCGUGUGUGAGCGUGCUAAACAGAGAUGCAGAGUGCCAGAUGCAAUCCUCCACUGAUCUUCAUAACACUGAGAUGGAAAUGACAGUCUGAUGAAAUGUUUAGUCAUGAAAUCACUCUUUUUAAGGUUUGUUUGCUCAAAAAUGAAUAAUUUACUCACUAUCAUGUCGCUCCAAAUCCGUGUGGUUUUUUUGAACACCAAAGGAGAUGUUUAGCAGAAUGUCCAAGCUGCUCUUAUCCAUAUAAUUCAAGUGAAUGCUGACUAGGGACUGUCAAGGUUAAAAAAAAUGCUGAAAAGCACUCUAAAAGUAUCAUGACUUGUUCUCUAUAUUCUCUGCAAGUCUUCUAACGCAACAAAAAAUGGGAAGUUUAAGUCAUUAUUCACCAAUAAUCUUCUCAUCUUUCCUCACAAAGCUUUCCAAUUGAGAAGAAUAUAACACACAAAUCUGCUACUGUGCUCAUUUUGGAGCUG